AUGGCGGAUGUACCAAUUCGCAAUCAAGAGGAUCGGAACCACAAACGAGAUAGAUAAUAGCUGAUAUGAGAGAUUCCAUUAGAGAUGGAUGAAGACGAAAGAAGGGGAAGACUGGAUAUUUAUUAUCAGCGAGUAACAAAACAAAUCCUCCAGUAUCAAAGUGCAAGCAUUGGACUGCUUCCUCUACACACAGCUAAUGUUCAGAAUGAGGAGAGUCACGUACGAGACAAUGUUUACUGCGCCAUGGGAGUGUGGGCGCUGGCGCUUGCCUACAGACACAUGGAUGACAGCAAAGGUCGUGCGUAUGAACUUCAGCAGGCUGCUGUGAAAUGCAUGAGAGGAAUCCUGUUCUGUUACAUGAGGCAGGCUGACAAGGUAGAACAAUUCAAGAAGAAUCAGUCAGCACAGCAUUCCCUUCAUGUCAAAUUUAAUGUGAACACUGGAGACACGAUUGCAUCAGUUUCAGAAUGGGCUCAUCUACAGAUUGAUGCUGUGUCUCUCUACCUUUUAACCCUGGUCCAAAUGACUGCAUCAGGACUACAGAUUAUUUACACAAGUGACGAGGUUAACUUUGUUCAGAAUCUUGUGUAUUACAUUGAGCGAGCUUACAGGACUCCAGAUUAUGGUAUGUGGGAGAGAGGAAGUAAAGAGAACAUAGGGCACAAGGAGCUUAAUGCGAGUUCUAUUGGCAUGGCAAAGGCAGCCUUAGAGGCUAUAAAUGGAUUUAAUAUUUAUGGAAUGCAGGGAACCUCGUCAUCAGUGAUCUAUGUUGAUCCAGAUGCUCAUAACAGAAACUACACCAUCAUGCAUUCUAUGCUGCCAGUAGCAUCCUCAUCUAAGGUGACAGAUGCAUCCUUGUUAACGAUCACUGGCUUUCCUGCUUUUGCUGUUGGCGAUGAUUCCUUGCGCCACCAAACAAAAGAAAUGGUUUUGGAAUCUUUGGAGGGAACCUAUGGAUUAAAGCGAUUCUUACGUGAUGGUUAUAAAACUGUUCUGGAAGAUAAAAAUCGCAGAUAUUACGAGAAGAGAGAAUUACAGAUAUUUGAUGGAAUCGAAAACGAAUGGCCAAUCUUCUUUAUCUACCUCGCUCUAGAUGCCAUGUUUAAGAAUGAUAGGGAAAUUGCAGAGAAGUACGUCAAGAAACUGCAAGAUGAGUUGCUUAUAAGCACCGAUACUGACGAAUUUAUCCCACAUUAUUACUAUGUGCCGAAAAUGUACCUUGACGCAGAACGGGAAACACCACAUUCCCAGGUUCGACUGCCAAGCCAGGAAGAUGGAGAUCUCUUUCUUUGGGGACAGUCGCUUCUGAUCAUAAUGAAUCUGAUAAAUGAUGGCCUGUUGGACGUGAACGAGAUCGAUCCCAUAGGGAGGCACUUGUCUCACUCGGCCAAAAAUCGCUACGGUCACAGCAGUUAUAGAUAUUCUUCAUUUAAGGUUGCUGACUUAGAUUUGGUUGUUCAAGUCUCCCUGAUCGCGGAAAGCAGAAACUUGCAGGCUUCUUUGGCAACAUUCGGCAUUGAGACGCAGACACCGCAACAGAUUGAGCCAAUACAGAUAUGGCCGCCGUCAGAACUGGUGAAGGCGUACAAACGCCUUGGUGUCAAUCGUAAACUAGGGUUGACUGGUCGACCGACGAGGCCCAUAGGAAGUCUGGGAACCAGUAAGAUUUACCGUAUCAUGGGCAAAACAGUGGUAACAUAUCCUAAGCUGCUGGAUGAAACUGAUUUUUACAUGGCUCUGGACAUGUCUCUUCUUAUUGACGAAAUAAAGACGAAUUUAGCCUUAGUGCGGAACAACUGGAAUAUGAAAGGAAGACCAACGUUGUGUCUUUUACUGCGAGAAAAGAACUUACGAGGAAAGCAAUUUCAAGAGACUCUUGAACUGUUAGCUUCAUUCAAAAGAGGACUCUGUGGAGGAGUGAAAGUCAAACUCGGCAGACUCCAGACAAUGGUCUCUACUGCUGCUAUUGAUCAUCUGGACUUUCUUCAAGCUGAAAGCGAUGUCAGCAGUGAGUUGAACGACACCGACGGAGGUCUGGACCAAGCACGUGUCAAGGAGAAGGAAGGUGAAGAUUCCAAUCCCCCUACGCCCGCCUCGUCUGAGGGGCAUAGAAUGAGUCGCACUGUACGGAUGAGUCGCUCCAUGACAGUGAGUGUUGAGGAUGAAGAUCAUCAAGUUGAUGAGGCGGAUGGAAACUCCAGAGAUCUGGUAACUAAGUCACGUGAAGCGCUGCUGGCUGAACUUCAAGACAAGCCAAGCGUCGACAGGCAGAUGAUGAUAUUACAAGAGCUGGUGAAACGAGAAGGGGAAGAUUUCCAAACCCCUGAUGGUUCACUCAAAGACAUGGUCGAUCUGCUCUAUCAGAAGGCUGCUUACGAUCGUAAAUGGUCAGCAGUGAGACGGGGAGCUGGAGUGCUCAAAAAAUUAGUUGACAGUCUUGCGCCCGGAAUCACGACAAUCCUAGUCAGCGGUAAAGUGGUGACCAUUGGUGUGUUCGGACACGAAGAGAAAGUCAUAUACGAACCGCUUACACCUGCAGCUAUUCAGAAAAUCCUGUAUUCUUUCUGUUCUCCUCAUGACGUCAGAGAGGCAGUACUACAGCAAGAGAUGGUUCUCUAUUUGGCUGCAUUUGUAGCCACUAUGCCAACAGUUUUUGAAGGAAUGCUCAAGAUAAGAAUAGGGUGGAUUAUCGAAGCAAUGAAACAAAGGUUGGCCAGCAAAGGACUUGGGUCUCUGUACGCUAAAUCUCCAAGCGAUGUGAAGGAGCUGCUUAAGAUUGUCCUUACUUCCAAAGGAAAACUCCACGGACAAGACAUCGCACCAAGGACUCCCUUACAGAACCGGCAGCUGGAUGGUGCAGUGCAUCGAGUUCCACCAGGGUUUUAUGACAAAGUAUGGAUUAUACUGUUCAAGGCCCCCGAGGGAAUUAAAGUUUCUAAUCAUACAUUAGCACAGCUUCCUACAAUAGCAGAUAUGACAAACCGUGAAAGGAAUUUUCAGUUGAAGGUAGAAGAACUAUUGAGCGACAUAUCAAACCCGGAAUACAGACAGACAGUUGUGGAGCUACUGGUUGUGCUUUCCACGAUACUUGAACGAAACCCAGAAGUGGAGUUGAGUCAGUGCAUCAAUUUAGACGAGCUUGUGGACGAAGCCCUUGAACUCUUUGCUAGUGAAUUGGGUUCAGGAAAUGAUCAGAAAACUAGAGGCCAAUUUUACAACACACCUCGCGACGGACAGGGAGGCACCACGACUUACCUGACAAGGGCCGUCGUCAACAAGCUCCUGAAAGGGAACGCGUGUGUCUCAUCGAACUGCUACGUGAGCUGAGGAGUGAAGGCCCAGUUGGUGUCCUAUCAUAAGGUUUGGUCGGACAAAGUGAAGCCCUGAUCAUAUAAGGCAAGUCUGGCCUUAUAUGAAUGACAUAAGAACCUUCCAACACGCUGGAGGUUGGAUUUUGUCUAGAUUCGCAUCGUCCAAUAAAAUCUAGCUUUCUGAUUGGUUUACGAAAUAAGGUAUUCAGCGUGGAAUUGCGAGUUGAAAACUAGGCUAU